UGCCUCCAGUGGAAUGGCUCAGGCUUGCUGUUGAUUGGUUGGUGGCCGGCCAUAGCAGUUGGUGCUUUGUGUAUCAACUCCUGUCACAGCGAACACUAUUAGGGAAGACUCUUACAAGAAGAAAUAAUCUUGACCCAUUUAUCUAACGGAUCCAUGGAUUAACCCCGGACGCCCAGGGUCGCGCACAGGGAGCAGGAGGCAGCCAAGGCACAGCCAUGGCGCAGUACAAGGGCACCAUGCGAGAGGCGGGUCGCGCCAUGCAUCUGAUCAAGAAGCGCGAGAAGCAGAAGGCGCAGAUGCAGGUGCUAAAGCAGCGCAUCGCCGAGGAGACCAUCCUCAAGUCGAAGGUGGACAAGAAGUUCUCGGCCCACUACGACGCGGUGGAGGCCGAGCUCAGGUCGAGUACCGUGGGCCUGGUGACGCUCAACGACAUGAAGGCCAGGCAGGAGGCCCUGCUGAGGGAGCGCGAGGUGCAGCUGGCCCGCAGGGAGCAGCUGGAGGAGCGCAGGCAGCAGCUAGAGCUGCAGCGGGAGAAGGAGCGCAAGCGCGCACGCCAGCGCCAGAUCCGGGGCCUAUCCUUCUCCUUCAACGACAUCGAGGAUGGCGAUGGUGGCGAUGGUGGCGCCGAGGGCUCCGAGAACCAAGCGGGAGCCGGAGCAGGCGCGCUCCUCCCGGCCAAGAAGAACCUGGGCAAAAACCCGGACGUGGACACGAGCUUCCUGCCGGACCGCGAGCGUGAGGAGGCUGAGAACCGGCUGCGAGACGAACUGCGCAGAGAGUGGGAGGCGCAGCGCGAGAAGGUCAAGGGCGAGGAGAUGGAGAUCACCUUCAGCUACUGGGAUGGCUCGGGCCACCGGCGCACGGCCCGCAUGCGCAAAGGCAGCACGGUGCAGCAGUUCCUGAAGCAGGCACUGCAGGGCCUCCGCAAGGACUUCCGCGAGCUGCGCGCGGCUGGCGUGGAGCAGCUCAUGUAUGUCAAGGAGGACCUCAUCCUGCCGCACUACCACACCUUCUACGACUUCAUCGUGAGCAAAGCACGCGGCAAGAGCGGGCCCCUCUUCAACUUCGACGUGCACGAUGACGUGCGGCUGCUGAGCGACGCCAGCAUGGAGAAGGACGAGUCGCACGCGGGCAAGGUGGUGCUGCGCAGCUGGUACGAGAAGAACAAACACAUCUUCCCGGCCAGCCGCUGGGAGCCCUACGACCCCGAGCGCAAGUGGGACAAGUACACCAUCCGGUGACUUCCUGGCCUGGUUGCCC